AUGGCUCCUAUUGCUGAAACCAUCGCCCCUGUGGUGCCCAUCACAGAGGGCAAGCUCACACUCAAGGGCUUAGAGCGCGCCCCUCUAAAGCUUAGUGGUGCCCUUGAUGCUUUUGAGUCAUUCGACGUUACUCCUGUCAUUGGACGCGAGUUCCCCAACGCCAGCCUGAAAGACUUUUUGCGUGCUCCAAACUCUGCUGAGCUGCUACGUGACCUCGCAAUCACAGUAUCUCAGCGUGGUGUUGUUUUCUUCCGGAAACAAGAUGGCCUAGACAACGACUUGCAAAAGGAACUCGUUCAGCGUCUUGGGGAGCUUUCCGGCAAACCCAAGACUUCCGGUCUCCAUAUCCACCCAAUCGUUAACUCUGGACGCGAACACGGCGUUCAAGAUGACGAGAUCAGCGUCAUCAGCUCGCAGCAGCGACAGAAGUUUUACACCGAUCGCAACAAACGCAAGCAGACUUCCCGGCGGGAGUGGCAUAGCGAUAUCACCUUCGAGCCAAUUCCAAGUGAUUACACUAUCCUGCGCCUGACUGAACUACCCAAGACCGGUGGUGAUACCCUCUGGGCAUCGGGUUACGAAGUCUACGACCGCAUCUCGGAGCCUUACCAGAAGUUCCUCGAGAGUCUAACUGCAACAUACGCUCAGCCCAAUUUUAAUGAAAUCGCCAAGAAGAACAACUUCAAUGUCCACCUUGGACCUCGUGGGGCACCCGAGAAUGUUGGCGAGGUACUCAGUGCUCAACACCCUGUGAUUCGGACUAACCCGGUUACGGGCUGGAAGAGUGUGUUUGCCGUCGGUGUUCAUGUUGAGAAGGUCAAUGGAGUCUCUGAAGAAGAAAGCAAACACCUUCUUAAUUGGUUUGUGAAUCUGAUUGUGGAGAAUCAUGAUCUCCAAGUACGGUUCCGUUGGCAAAAUCCGAAUGAUUUAGCAAUCUGGGAUAACAGAUCUGCCUACCAUGCUGCUACUUGGGAUUAUGAUGACCUUGGUCCUCGGACUGGACAUCGUGUUGUUGGACUCGGCGAGAGGCCUUACUUGGAUCCCAACAGUGUCAGCAGACGAGACGCACUGGAGAAGGGUGAAUAA